GCCCCGGGCCUUGCGCUCGGUGAGGCGGUGCCGCCGCUGCCCCCCCUCCCCUCCCCGCCCCGCCGGCCUUUGGACCCGGGGCGCGGCACCCCCAGCCCCACGGGGAACGGGAGGCGAGCGGCGGCCGGCUCUGGGGGGUGAGGAGCAGUGUCAGCAUCACAGCCCGAUUGCCUUUCUGCCACCGCUGGGCCUCGACGCUGGGACAAGGCCCCUCACCCAUCCCACUAGGCCGCACCGGGCCCGUUCCCACCUCUUGACGUCCCCUAAACAGCUGUCCCAACGCCCCAGGCAUGGCCACCCCGCAGCUCACCGAGAGCACUGUCACGGUGGAAGGCCAGACCCUCUUCUACCGCCAAGCCCAGCCGGCCCAGCAGGCGCCAAAGCUGACAGUGCUGCUUCUGCACGGCAUUCGCUUCUCCUCCGAUACCUGGCUUCAGCUGCAGACGCUUGCCAUGCUGGCUGAAAACGGCUACCGAGCUGUGGCUAUCGACCUGCCGGGGCUGGGCCGCUCGAAGGAUGCUGUGGCUCCAGCACCAGUGGGUGAGCCCGCGCCGGGGACUUUCCUGAAAGCGGUUUCGGAGGCUCUGGGCCUGGGUCCAGCUGUGGUGAUCAGCCCAUCGCUCAGCGGCAUGUACUCCCUGCCCUUCCUUCUCCAGCACAACCACCUGCUCAAGGCAUAUGUGCCCGUGGCACCCAUCUGCACCGAGAAAUUCACAGCGGAGCAGUACGCCCAGAUCAAAACGCCCACGCUGAUUGUGUACGGGGACCAGGACGUGGAGCUGGGGCAGACCAGCCUGAACAACCUGCGGCACCUCCCCGAGCACCGGGUGCUGGUGCUGCAGGGCGCCGGACACGCCUGCUACCUGGACAAGCCCAACGAGUGGCACCGUGGGCUCCUGGCCUUCCUGCAGCAGCUGGAGUGAGCAGGAUGGGCUGCGUGGAGGGGCCCGUGGGGCUGGGGGAGGCGGCCAGCCCACCCACCCCUCCACUUGCCUACACACCCUUGUGCCAACCCAGCUGCUCGCCUGGCAUCCCCACCCAGGCUCCCUUGGGACCAAAUAAAAUGCCAAGCUCUGCCACCA